GAACUCCAAACUGCUCUGUUCUGUUUUUCUGCUCUGUCUCAAAGCCUCAACCUUUGUUUCAAAGAGCCUCAAAAUGGCAACUGUAACCACCGCAAGAGGAGCAGGAAGCAUUUUCUGCUCCCACCGUGAACCCUUCACCCGCCACCGCUUCCUCUCUCUCCACCCACCUCGUCCCCUCCUCCUUCACCCCCACCCAUCAAAACCCACCUCCACUUUCCUCACCCACUCCAAGCCCAUUGGGCCCUUAAUCAAACUCACCACCCCAAGAGCUGCCGACACCUCCUCCGUCCCCACCACCGCCGACAAAGCCAUCGUCACCGAUGACCAGUUCUCCCUCGCCAAGGUUUCAUUUGGUGUGAUCGGACUAGGUGGUGGGAUUACACUGCUGGGGUAUGGUUUUGGAGCAUACUUUAAUAUCCUACCUGGGUCUGAAUGGUCAGCAAUAAUGUUAACAUAUGGGUUUCCUCUUGCAAUCAUUGGCAUGGCUUUCAAGUAUGCAGAGCUAAAGCCGGUGCCGUGCUUGACUUAUUUGGAUGCUCAGAAAUUAAGGGAAACGAGUGCCACCCCAAUUCUUAUACAGGUCAGGAAUGAUGUUACAAGAUACCGCUAUGGGGAUGAACAGCAUUUGGAUGAGGCGUUAAAACGAAUUUUCCAGUAUGGUCAGGGUGGGGGAAUUGCUCGGAGGAGUGCGCCCGUUCUACAAAGUAUUCGUGAAGAGGUCACAAAAGAUGGUAGAUACUGUUUAGUCCUGGUGUUUGAGGCAAAAUCUCUACAGUUAUCUGAUUUUGAACAAAGACAGGCUAAAUUUACAUCAUUCUUCGGACCAGGCAUUACAGCUGAAAUUGCCAAGGGAGAGGAGAAUCUAUAUGAAGUCAAACUUAUUUCCAACUCCAACGUCAACCCCACUGCAUAGCCGCCAUAAACAGUGCAUAGUAGUUUAACCAAACACCCUAUGUAUGAUAGAUUCAUUUUCAUACAUAGCUUGUCAAUUGUAAAACCUUUGUUUAUAUUCAGUUGGCAAAACCCUAUUUGUAUCAUACAUAGAUUUUUGAAGUGAAACGGAAAAAAACAGAUGAGCACGUUAAAGUC